AUGUCAUAUAAGUCAACAAUAAUAGGGCUAUGUCUGCUGGGCGUGAUAUUGCUAGUGCCGCCUUUAGCGUGGCAUUCACAUACCAAGAAUAUUCCGGCUAUCAUUUUGAUAAUAUGGCUGCUUAUAAUGAAUAUAACGUGUAUUGUAGACGCGGCGAUAUGGAGCGGCGAGGAUUUUUUAACGAGAUGGGAUGGUAAAGGUUGGUGUGACAUUGUUAUCAAGUUGCAAGUGGGCGCAAAUAUUGGUAUAUCAUGUGCCGUUACCAACAUCAUUUAUAAUUUGCACGCUAUUUUGAAGGCAGAUAACGUUCUACCGAAUCUGUCAUCGUGGACAAAGGUUGUCAGGGAUCUGAUGAUCAGCUUGCUAACACCGGUAACAGUUAUGGGGUUUUCAUAUCUAUUACAAGUGUUUAGAUACGGAAUUGCCCGUUACAAUGGUUGCCAAAACCUGCUGUCUCCAACAUGGAUUACCACAGUUUUGUAUACGAUAUGGAUGCUUGUUUGGUCAUUUGUCGGUGCAGUUUAUGCUACCUUAGUGUUGAUUGUGUUUUAUAGAAAACGAAAAGAUGUCAGGGAUAUUUUACACUGCACUAACUCGGGCUUGAACUUGACGAGGUUUGCAAGAUUGUUGAUUUUCUGUUUCAUCAUUAUUUUAGUUAUGUUCCCCUUUUCCAUUUAUACGUUUGCCCAAGACUUGCAACAAGUGGGUGGACGUUACAGCUUCAAAGACACUCAUUCUAGCACUAUUUGGAACACCAUUAUUAAAUUUGAUCCUGGCAAACCAGUUUAUAAUAUCUGGCUUUAUGUUUUGAUGUCCUAUUUGGUGUUUUUGAUCUUUGGAUUGGGUUCCGACGCCCUGGAUAUGUAUGCUAGGUUCCUACGUUCCAUUAAACUGGGCUUCGUGCUAGACCUGUGGAAGAAUUUUGUUAAUAAGAAUAAAGAAAAACGUGUUGGUAAAUUGCUGCGCAAGUUGUCUUCAGGCAAAGAAAGCUGCAAUCCUUUUUCUACAGACUCUGAAAACUACAUCACUACAGGUACUGAUGACAUUUCUCCUUGUGUAGGUACUCCAAUAUCACAAGCACAUUUCUACGUCGAUUAUAGAAUUCCAGAAGAUCUCGGUAGGUCUCAAAAUAAAAGCAAAAAGAGCUUGUUCACUAGGAGGGAACCAAAUAGCAUAUUUGAUGAUAUGGAGCUUAAAGAGAGUAGGCACAUACCUUACCUCACGCAAGGACAGAAUAUUGACGAUGGAAUAUCGCUCGGCGGAUUUUCAAAGAUUACUCUGGAUUGUUCGGAAAAACUUGAUGACUCCACGAGCUUGAAUUUUGAAGGAGAAAGCCUCUGUUACUCUCCGAUCUCUAAAGAGAGAGAUUCAAAUUCAAGUGAGCCUAGUUCAGAAGGUACUGCAGGCCGUUAG